GCUAGAUGUUCAUGGGUGACGGGUGUGUUCUUUGGCGGUGUCCUCUCUAUUCAGAUUAGGUUACGUGGAUGCCCGCGUGGGUGAUGCAAUUCCUACCCUUAUUUUUAUUUUUAUUUUUUUAACAUUGUUUUAAUCCUUCUUUUUACCUGCUUUUCGACUAAUUUUGCAUUACACUAUGAUUAAAAUCGGACACACGCUUUUGCAAACCCAUGUGAGCUGCUGCCUUCUCUCCAACCAUUUCGAUGGCACCCUUAAAAGAUAUCGUAUAAAGCGAUUUCCCACUCAUUGCCGUAUUACAAAUCGUCUUAGAAUUCGUCUACGCUCUCUGAUUUUCACUGCACUGUGUAAUGUGUUCCAAUCUUUCUAUUCUACAUAAGCGAAGCUCUUGUUUUUCAUUGGUUGCCUAGUGUUGGUGAUUUCUUAGGCUAGAAGAAUUGCGUCCAAGAUCAGUUACUUCUGGGGGAUGUGAAAUUCUUGUCGAAGAUGAAAUCUUUCAGUGGUAUAGGCAUUAGUUUGAGCCUGGUGUUUGGAUGCCUCCUCCUGGCUUUUGUCGCGGAGCUUUACUAUUUAUUAUGGUGGAGGAAGAAGAGAAUCACCAGCGCAGAGAUUGAAGAUGAUUACGGAAAAUAUGCAAAGGAACUCUUUCAAUUUAUCUGCUGGAAGAGACCCUCUUCUUUGCAAAACAGCAACGCUCGAGAAUGUGUGAGAGACCAAGAUGCCACUGGUCAUGAACCAGACCCGGAGCUGGGUUCUAGCAAGGACUUUCUGCUCAAGACCUGUGGGGAAGAAAGUGUGGAAUCUGAGCUCAUGAGGCUGCACAAUCUCGCUGGCCCUCCAAGAUUUCUCUUCACAAUCAAAGAGGAAACUAGGGAGGAUUUGGAGUCUGAUGAUAGAAGCAGAAAAGGGUCAAGAACAAGGAGCUUGAGUGAACUUAUCAUGACUGUUGACACCCCAUUCCUUACUCCUUUGGCUUCCCCACCAGUAAAGGCUCCUCCUUUGAACUCUUUGGAUUCUUACCACCACCAUGGAUUCAAUCCUCUCUUUGAAUCGUCAGCAGAGGCAGAUUUGAACAGGUUGAGAUCUUCACCCCCUCCAACGUUCAAGUUCUUGAGGGAUGCAGAGGAGAAACUUUAUAGAAGAUGGAAGGAAGAAGCGGAGAAAAAGGCACUUCAAAAUUCUGGGUCUGUUCAGGAUUCUGGGGCUUCACUUCCUUCCGAUUCAACAGUGGCGAUAGAAGAAAAGGAAGGAUCUUUUCUCAAAUUUAUUGCUGGGAAUAACGAAAAGAGGGAGCUUCGUCACAAUCUAUCACAGUAUCCUUCAAGUUCUUCUCAGGUACUUCCGCUGGCUUCUUCCCCUACAGCAUUCAGACCACUUGAAAAGGCACCGAUGGUGUAUUAGACAUCGAAUUACCAAGAAAAAUGUCUUUAUUAGUUCUUUAAUCUGUUUGUUAAUUUUUCUAAGAUGAUUAAUUCUGUAUUAAUCUAGAAAGGUCUUCUUUUUAAAGCUUUUUGGUUCUUAUUAUUUAUUCUGCUGUGACUGUGUUUGUUUGGGAAAGGUAGCCAUGAUCAUCUGCUACAAUAUUUUUGUGCCCAUAUACUUCGAGAAUUCAAUGGCAAACUGACAUUUCCCUGCAAAA